ACCAAACUCUCUAAUCCAUCAACUAACCCACCUAAAAACCUCCUCUGCUUUUCCUCCCAGAAACAGAGCUCUUCCUUCCUUCUCUGCAAUCCACUGCACCACAAAAGGGAAAUCCAACGGCAACCCAGAUGGCAUCCAUGUUCAAAUUGCUCCGACUCACAAUCUUCUUUGCGCUGGCGCUCUCCGUCCUCUUCGCCGCCGCCGAAGCCGGCCGGCCGUUCAACAUCAUGAAGUCGGAGACGGCGCAGGCAGCUGGGUGCGCGAUUGAUCGAUUCUUCGACGGGUUGGUACUGGGCGGAAUGAAGAACUCCGGACCCAGCCCGGGAGUGGGUCACAGCUUCACCACCGGCACCCACCAGUGAUCCUGACUCGGUCAACUCGUUCGAUGUUGCCGAGUCGUCGAGUUAAAUUCCGGCCGGAUCUAGGUUUUGUUUGUUUCAAUUCUUUCUUGGGGCGUUCCGCAUUCGGCUGAUGCUGUGGACGGCGUCGUAUAGUGGCGAAAGGAUGACAGAUCAUAUACGUGAUACACACCGAAUUAUUUUUAUUUUUAUUCCCAAUAUUGUAGAGAACAAGACAACAAGUCACAGGGCAUGAAUGGCAUGCUAUACUUUUUUUAAUUGUUAUUUUUUUUCUUUCUGGUUUUCCUUCAAGGGGACAUUUGUUUAUUGGUUUAGGUUAGAUACUUGAGAAAGAAGAUCUAUAUUGUUGUUUCAUUCCGCCGGUGACGUGAGGCGACGAAUUACAUGAUACGAGUUGUUUAUUUUAUAUUGAAUGGGUUGGAAAAUGAGUAAAGCAGGACUCAAGCA